CAAAAGGAUCUUGAUUAGAUUGAGAGCAGGGAUCUAGGCGCAGAGCUGGGACAGGCCGGGGCCUGAGGGGAGGGGGGUGAACCGGUUGAAAGAGCGGGGCAAAGCAUCGGGGAGGUCUGGGACAGGAAAACGUAGCACGGGCGAAGGAGUGGGAGACAAAGGGUAACCGAGCUUGUCAAGGCCAGGGCUGAGGGCACUGAUCUUUGGCAGACCAGCGGGAGAGGCUGGUGCUGGAGGCACUGACACUGGGUACAGGAUCUGCACAGACCCGAGCCAGAGUGGGACAUGAUGUUUCCUCAAAGCAGCAGCCGCCACUCGGGCUCCUCUCACCUGCCCCAGCAGCUCAAGUUCACCACCUCGGAUUCCUGUGAUCGCAUUAAAGAUGAGUUCCAGUUGCUGCAGGCGCAGUAUCACAGUCUUAAGCUGGAAUGUGACAAGCUGGCCAGCGAGAAAUCGGAGAUGCAGAGGCACUACGUCAUGUAUUACGAAAUGUCCUAUGGACUGAAUAUUGAAAUGCACAAACAGGCUGAAAUAGUCAAGAGGUUGAAUGGAAUCUGUGCGCAGGUGUUGCCUUAUCUCUCUCAGGAGCACCAGCAGCAGGUCCUUGGAGCUAUUGAGCGGGCAAAGCAAGUGACUGCGCCAGAGUUGAACUCCAUCAUUCGUCAGCAACUUCAAGUUCAUCAGCUGUCCCAACUCCAGGCCCUUGCCCUCCCGCUGACGCCACUACCUGUGGGACUACAGGGGCCCUCUUUGCCUGUCAGUGCCAGCAGCGGGCUUCUCUCCCUGUCUGCACUGGGCUCCCAAGGACAUCUCCAGAAGGAAGACAAGAAUGGUCACGAUGGAGACCCUCGGCCUGAUGAUGAUGGUGACAAAUCAGAUUAAAAACGGAUGAAAACGAGAUGGAUAAAGGUGCAGCGCAGUAGUAACUCUAGCACUGCCAGGUGGAGUUACAUUGUAGAGCCUUAUCCCAUCAUGCACUGGAACAGCUUCUUGUGUCCAAGGGUUAAUAAAAGCAGGACACUGACAGCCGAGGGGGUUAACGCAUUUCUUCACACUGUAUAUGUAUGUGUACAUAUAUGGAAUGUACCGCGAACUGUAUUGUAAAUUGGCUUAUUUGACUUCUACUAAAAGCACAACCCCCAUCUUUUCUACAGAGUUUACCUUUCCAUGGUGAUCCAUUAGUGUAGUGCUUAUUUUAAAUGCAGCUAUGGAGCAAGAUUAUUUGAAGGCUAUUGUGAGGCUUCCUUGCAGAGGUUUCGAUUAUAGACUGUGGGGAGAAGAUUUUAGCUGGCCCCUUAUUUACUGCUGUGUAAUUGGCUUUCUUUCCACCUCUCCCUUGUCGCAUGGCAGUAGAAUGUAAUCCAAUAGAGAACGAGUGGGGGCCAUUAUAAAGUGCACCCAUCCACCACUCGCAAUAGAGGAGGUUGUUCUUUGUGCUGUAUUUUGGGAAAUGCAUUGAACUUCAAUUGAUGUGAAGAAAUUACCAACACCGGCCCCUUGAACCUUGGAGCGGCCGCUGGUUUUUCAAGGUUUAGGGACAGGCACACUAAGUCCUUUUUACUCAUUUUUGAAAUUAAUUAUGAAAAAAGGAAGCUCAUUUAAUAUCAUACAAAGUAGAAGUCAGACAUCAUUCUGCAGGACGGUGGUUUUUACUUUAAAGGGGUUGUCUGAACAAUGGCUCAGAUCGGUACCAAAUAAGUGAUGCUCGCCGAUCCUUGUGGCACUCCGGUUCUGACACUUCCCGGUUCCCUACUUCCUGGCAGCUCUCGACACACAGGAAAUCACUGGUCGCUUUUCGUGUGUCCCAUGUAAGUAGGUCACAUUUCCUGUGGGCAGAGACUGGCAGGGACCUGUGGAAGAACAAGAAUGGGAGCGCUAGAGGAUCGGUAAGGUGAGUACUGUAUUAUUUUACACUGGUCCAAGCCUGUUUACAGGACAACCCCUUUAAGUUACUUCACGACCGAUGCCUUCUUGCGGCACAUCCAUAAUAAGUUCUUGUUCAGUUCUGUUGGUUUCUGUGCUUUUCUAAAAUUUGGGUGAAGGGAACUUUUCAGAUAGCCCUCCACCUUUUACUGAGUAUUGCUCUAGCUUCUACCAUUACUUGGAAGAUAUUUUUCUAAUUGCUGACAGGAAGGAUUAUUUAUUUUUUAUGGGAAUAAAAUGUCAUCCUUUAGUUUUCAGUGAUAUUAAAGGUUUAUCGACACGUAGAACCCAUUUAAUGCCCAAUAAAAGCUGCAUCCCAUUAUAACAGAGGCAUGGACGGCCUUGGAAGAACGUUGGUCCUGUUAAGGCUGCCGUUUCCAAUAAAUGUUAGAUUUCUCUCACUAGAGUGGGUUGUCCAGUGUUAUAAAAUGGUACUCAGUUGACCCUACGUGACAAUUUGGUCCCCAGACUGCACUCUCAAGGAAUACAUAUUGAUUUUUUUUGAUUUUUUUUUUUUACACCCAGUAGCUGCUAUGGUAACCUACUCAUAGUAAAAGCUACACUUAGUCCACCGCGGUCUCCAAGAUCUCCGCUCAGGUUAUACCGGUUCAGCAGCAUUACUCUGGUGCCAUUCAAUAAUGCCAAAAGCCCCUUGAACAUUCAGUAGCCCCCAUUAGUAAAUUAAUAUUGUUAAUUCUUUACUGUGGAAAGGAUUAGAAACUCGGUCUCUGCAAAAUGGCGCUGCAUCUUUAAUCCCAAUACAGGGAGGAAGAGGAGUUUAAAAAAGGUAAAAUAACUACCCUCUGUUUACCAAGACAUUGCAUGGCAGUGUGGAGGUUAAAAGUAAUUCAAAUAAAGGAAAAUAUAUAAAACCCUUCCAUAUAUUUGUAAGGUAGCGUGUACCCAGACCAGGUGUGUGCUCUGUACAUAGUCCUGUAGAAAUGCUCAGAUGCCUCCUUUAUAUUUUCUUAUUUCCUUCUUUUUCUUUUUCUUUUUUUUUAUGUACUUUUUUAUUUUUAUUUCUUUUUUUAAUUCUGUGUCUGAUCACUGACCAUGUUGAUAUUCUGUGUGGAGGGUGUGACUGUGCCUUUUUCAAUAAAUUGUUUCAAUGCCUGCUCAGA